AACAACAAUGGCGCGUUUCUAUUGGUCGACGCUGGACAGUGACGCUCGGCUUAAAAGACCAAUGAACCGCCGCAGAGCAGCUCGUCGCGUCUCUCACUCUCAGAGGAGGGGUGCACCAUCAGGAGGAGAGUGGAGACAGAGGAAUCAAGAGCAAUGGCGAGGCCACGGCAAAGAACAGGUGAGAGAGGUGGAGGUGAAGGAGGACGAGCGAUGUCAGCUGCAGGAGAAAGAAACAGUUCCCAGGGGGACCUGCCAGACCAUGUGCCCUGCUCGUGAGCUGCGGGACCGUGAGGUGCAGAACCGCCUUCACCGUUUUGAGAUGUUAGCAGGCACAGAAAGAGAUAAAAGGCCCAGGGGAGACCCCUUGCGUGCUGUCAAAGAGUAUUCCAGACCAGCGGCUGGGAAAGACUCAACAAACCCCAGUGACCUCCGUACACCCGCGGUGUUGCUGAAAACUGUGUGUUACCUCAUUGACGACAUCGCUGCCUCCUCUCAUUUGCAUCCUUGGACUGAGGUUUACAGCUUUGUCUUUGAUCGGCUGCGCGGUGUGAAGCAGGACAUGAUCAUCCAGAGGGUGUCUGGAUUGAACUGCGUAGCCAUUUUGGAGCGGACGGUGCGAUUCCUCAUCUAUGCCUCUUAUCGGCUUUGCGGUGAGCCCCUGCGGCUCUAUGACCCACGCAUCAACGACACACACCUUCAGGAGAAUCUCAGCUGGCUGUUGGAUUGUUACGCAACUGGACCAGGGCCGCAUCCCAACCAGGAAGAGUUCCAGGCUCUUGGUCUGCUGUACAAUUUGGGUUCAUCUUGUGCCACGCAGCACAUCAUGGAGCUCCCUGAGCGUCUCCGCAGCUCUCCCGCCAUCGCACUCGCUCUUUCCAUCAACAGAGCUUUCCUGGAGCGAAACCCUGUACGUUUGCUCCGAUUAGCCAAGAGGUUGAACUUCCUGCAAAGCUGUGCGCUGCACCGUCACCUGAUGGCAUGUCGUAGAGAUCUGCUGCUGAUAUACAGCCAUGGACACAGCAGCCGCAACUGUCGCUUUCCCCUCGACGGACUGGCUCAGCUCUUGUCCUUAGACACGUCAUUCACAGCUGGACUCUGUCAGCUGUACGGACUGGAGGUUAACCAGGACAAUCAAGUGGUUUUCUCCAAGGCUGCUUUUACUGAGCCCGAACAAGCGAAACUGCACUGCAAACUUUAUCACAACAUCGUGGCGGAGAAACAAAGAGACCUCACUGUUGGGAACAUCAUUCACGGUUGCACUUGAGAUAAAUAAAAGAAUCAGAUCUGUAAUAAUGUGAAGCUCUUAGGGAAACUGUGGAAGAGCAACUAGCGAGCAUUUACAGUCUUUGUUUUAAAGAUCAGUGAUUUCAUCUGUCUACUUUUUUUUGUUUUCAGCACGUUAUUGGAUUUGAGCCUUGGCGCUUCCUUCGAGGAUGUCCAACAUCAGCGUGUUUUCCAAAUGAAAUGCUCUAGAUUAUUCAUUGUUCAACACAAGGGUCAGGGUUGUUGUUGAGCUAUGCGUCUGCCAUAUUGUAUGUGAGAGAGGCUGAACUCAGACGAGUUCCCUCUUAGAUCUGGAUUUGCUUUUUUUUUCAUCCUCAUUAUGCACUCGGUGCCUGAAUUAACCUUUUAAGAUGUGAAUUACUUUUUAUAUUGUUACUCACUGUGUUGAUACUGUUUUAAAUAUGCCAUAUUGUGUUUCAGAAAGCUGGCUGCGACAGUGUUCAUUUAUUCUUAUCAAUGCAGUACCUCAGAAGCAUUUCAAUAAACUUUUCUAAAUAAAA